GGGCUGCAGGAGGAGCAGAAGAGGAGCAGAGGAGCAGAGGAGCAGCAGCCGGUGCGCCAACAUGCGGACUGAGAGCAGCGACCUGCGGGCCGCUGAGCCGUCUCACCGGGACCUGCUGACCGGGGCAGCUCGGGGCUGAGUCCUCUCCGGAUCAUGGACUGUGACGCGUCUCUCUGAUCCACCAGCUCAAGUCUGAAAGUUACUGACAAGUUUUGGAGCGCUCGCGCGGUUCCUCCCCCGGUGUGAGCGCUGCGUCUGCUGCGCGCGCUCAGCUCUGACUUGGAUAUCUCCCGCGGGGCGCGCGUGUGUUUCUCGUGGAGGAUUACCUGUGAACACUGUGACUGGGUCACCUGGAGCCGCUCACAUGGAUCACUCGUGUUACCUGUGGGCUGUGUUUGUGCUCGUGCUCUCUCUGGGCUUCAGGAUAGAGGAGGGCAUGUGCCAACACUACUAUCUCCUCCGGCCCAUCCCCAGUGACACUCUGCCCAUACUGGACAUACAGGAGGACCCGGAUCCGGUGCUGGACCCUCGGGAGAAGGACCUGAACGAGACGGAGCUCAGGAGCGCGCUGGGCAGCCACUUCGACCCGCACUCCAUGUCCCUCUCCCCGCCGGAGGACAAGUAUUCGGGGAGCGAGGACGCGAGCGAGGCGAACCUGCGGCAGAAGCUCUCCGGAGCGAUGCCCAAAGACAUCCGGGCCAUGGAGUUCGAGGUCCAGCACGGCAAGAAGCAGAAGCCGAGUAAAAAACUGCGGAGAAGGCUGCAACUGUGGCUGUGGUCUUACACCGUGUGCCCGGUUGUUUACGCAUGGAACGACCUGGGCAUCAGAUUCUGGCCGCGCUACCUGAAGGUGGGGAGCUGCUACAAUAAGCGGUCUUGUUCGAUCCCUGAAGGGAUGUUCUGCAAAGCUGCCAAAUCGACUCAUUUUACGAUCCUGCGAUGGCGCUGCCUGCAGAAAAAGGGGGCUCUGAAAUGCGCCUGGAUACCCGUUCAGUACCCGGUCAUAUCAGAGUGCAAGUGCUCGUGCCUCAACUGAAAACGACUCUGUGCUGCUGCUACAAACUUUUAUCAUGAUUUGAAUGCACCAGCAGCAAAACACACCGUCAGACAUUUAAAGAGUCAGGAACAUUAAAACUAUCUCUCUGUCUUGUUCCAACAUCUUGACCUGAAAAAUAUUCAUGUAAGAAAAGUUGGACUCAAAGCAAAGUGUCUGAAUCAGCUGAGGAGCACUGCGCAGGGUCAGAAUGUAAAUUUGAUGUACAUGUUUUUAUUUUAUUUUAAUGUGACGACAGAACUUUGUAUAAAAAGGAAGGUCAGUAUUAUUAAUGUAAUCAAAUCUACUGUAUUUGUUCAAUGUAUCUGGAUUGUACCUGUUUAUAUUUAUACUGGAGAUAUUUCCUGAGGUUCAAAUGAAUUUAUGGAGACAUGUAAAGAGUUCUGCUCCAAACAUCAGAGAUCCUGUUUGAAUCAGAGCUCUUCAUGACAAACUCCUCAUCUUCAGAAGCUGUAAAAUAAAAAGGGACAGUUGGUU